AUGGCGUCUCCAAAUAUGAGCAGUGCUGGAACAAGUGCUAGUGUAGGAUCUGCAGCCACAAACACAACUGACAUCAAGGCUCCACUUUGGGAUCAUGUAACCAUUCUGGAGAAGCCUAGAACUGGUGGAGGAAAUGCUAUGUGGCACUGCAAGUACUGUCCAAUGCAAAAACUGAAUAGUUACACUAGAGUUGAAGCUCAUUUGCUGCAGAAGGGAGGAAAGGGAAUAGGUAAAUGUCCUAAUGUUACAUAUGAGAUGCUUAGUGAAAUGAGAAAGGAAAUUGAAAGGUGCAAGAAUCUGGUGGAAAGAUCCAAGUCAAGAACUGUUUCUUUGCCUAUUGCUCCUUCCUCAAGCAAUACUGCUGACUGCAACAAGAGGAACAAGAGGGGGCCUGUUUCUGCAUUGGAAAAAGCUUGGGCAUUAGAAGACCGUAAGCACUUGGAUGCUUUAAUUAGUAGAGCAAUUUAUUCUGGAGGGGUAUCUUUUAAUAAUGAUUGUGGCAGUUGA